AUGUUGUUAAAAUUCGGUGUAAGGGCAUGGUUUCUUACUACUCGUACAUCAUCAUCUGCAUCGUCGAGGAGAUUGACCAAACGACCAAUUAUUCCAGAUAGAACUAGUCGAGGAGGCGAGGCAAAGUCGUUUGUUGAUCAGAAGAGAAUAAAUUGUAAAGCUGGUAAUGGUGGUGAUGGCAUGGUUUCAUUUCGCCGUGAAGCAGGUGUCAUGUUCGGGGGUCCGGAUGGUGGUGAUGGAGGAAAUGGUGGACAUAUUAUCUUCGAAGUAGACCCAUGUGUUAAAGAUCUUUCUCGCAUACCAACUAUGAUAAAAGCGAUGAAUGGUGAAGGUGGUCAUCCAAAAAGUUGCCAUGGGAAAAGUGCUCAUCAUAAAAUAAUUAAAGUACCUGUGGGAACCGUAUUCAAAGAACCGCACACUGACAAAGUAAUAAUCGAUUUGGACAAAGAGGGAGCGAUCUUCCUUGCUGCUAGGGGAGGUGCUGGUGGUCACGGCAAUCAGUUUUACAAAACAAAUGAGAUGCGAAUCCCAUUGAAAGCUGAAUUAGGUGGACUGGGUGAAGAAUUAACAUAUGACGUGGAAAUGUGCAGAAUUGCUACUGCUGGAUUAAUAGGAUAUCCUAAUGCUGGAAAAUCUUCUCUUCUGCGUGCAAUUUCUAGAGCUAAGCCAAAGGUGGCUUGCUAUCCAUUUACUACGUUAACAGCCUACAUUGGUGUUGUGCAUUACGAGGAUUUCAUACAAGUAGCUGUGGCAGAUAUUCCUGGUAUUGUCGAAGGAUCACAUGCAGAUGUCGGCCUUGGACAUAGCUUUCUGAGGCAUAUUACACGAUGCCACUGCUUGUUUUAUGUUUUGGAUUUAACACUGUCUCAGUUACGGAAACAGUUUGAUUCAUUAAAAUUUGAAGUGGAUCAAUACCAGCAUGGUUUGGGUAGUCGAUCUACUACCAUUAUUAUAAAUAAAAUGGAUUUGGCACUACUGGAUCUUGACAAAGAUGCUAUUCGACAGCAAUUCCUUGGUUAUUCGGUAUUCUUUAUUUCGGCUAAAUUUGGUACUGGUAUCGAAGAGCUUCUAAUGCAUUUACGUGAGCAAUAUGACCGUGCAAACAGUGCGAUAACACAGCAGUUACAAGAACUGUAG